CCGGCUCUGGCCGUCUUCAACCUCACAUCAUGAGCACCUAGAUACCCUAUUUCUUCCUUUUGCAUAGCAGUGAUAGAAUUUGUUUCAUGGUCCCAUGACCAAGCACCAAUCAAUAUACGUAAUAAUCCUCCCCCGACCCCACCCAGAAUGGCCUUGAGAGACAUCCCCAAAUUCACAAAGCACAACCUCAGAACCCUCCGUCAUGCACCUCUGUCCGAGAUCUCGGGCGCACUGGGCGAUCUCGGCACUCUCCUCCCGCUGAUGAUCGCCCUCGCCCUUCAGGGCUCCAUCUCGUUGUCAACAACCCUAGUCUUCUCAGGAAUCUUCAACAUCGCCACCGGCGCCGCCUUCGGUCUGCCACUCCCGGUCCAGCCGAUGAAGGCCAUCGCGGCCGCAGCCCUGGCAUCCCACGCCAGCCAGCGCGACACCCUCGCAGCAGGCGCCCUCGUCGGCGCUGCCGUCCUGCUGCUCAGCGUGACGGGUCUCCUGCGGCGCCUGGCCGUCUGGACGCCCGUCCCCGUGGUGAAGGGCAUCCAGUUCGGCGCCGGCCUCUCACUCGUCCUGUCCGCCGGCUCCGGGAUGCUGGGCCGCCUAGGCUGGGGCGCCCACGACCCACUCGACAACCGCAUCUGGGCCAUCGCCGCCUUCCCGCUGCUCAUCCUCACUGCCCGUGCCCCGAGGUUCCCAUAUGCGCUGGUCGUCUUCACCGUCGGCCUCGUCCUGGCCAUCGCGGCGGUCGCCACCACCGCCGGCGGACACAGCCAACUGCCCGGCUGGCAGGUCUGGCACCCGUAUGCCAUCAUCCCGGGGUUUGCAAGCGCCGAGGCCUGGUCCAUGGCCAUCGCACAGCUGCCGCUCACGACCCUGAACUCGGUCAUCGCCGCCGCCGCCCUGGCGUCCGACCUGAUGGGCCCCAGCUUCCCAGGGUCCACCCCCACCGUCACCGAGCUGGGCCUGUCCGUGGCGGCCAUGAACCUCGUGGGCUGCUGGUUCGGCGCCAUGCCCGUGUGCCACGGCGCCGGCGGGCUGGCGGCACAGCACCGGUUCGGGGCCCGCAGCGGCGCGAGCAUCAUCCUCCUGGGCUCGCUGAAGCUGUUCCUCGGCCUGUUCCUCGGCGCCACCCUGCUGGACCUGCUGGGCUCGUUCCCCAAGUCCAUCCUGGGCAUCAUGGUCGCCGCCGCGGGGCUGGAGCUGGCGCGCGUGGGCCAGAGUCUCAACCACGGGGCCUCGGACCUGUGGGAGGAUAGCAUCUCGGCAAGUGCGGAUGGGGACGGUAGCGGUCUCGGCCGCGUGGUGAAGAGGCAUCGGGACAUCUCGGACGAGGAGAGGCAGGAGAGGUGGACUGUGAUGCUCAUUACGACCGCUGGUAUACUGGCGUUCAGGAACGACGCUGUGGGGUUCAUCGCCGGCGUGCUGACACAUGUCGCUUACCGGCUCUCGCAUACCCUCGAGAGACGGCGCGGUGCGAUCGGCGAGAGGCAGCCGCUGUUGCGGUGGCCCUGAGGAUAGCUCCUGAUACUGGGUCUGUCGAUGCGGAUUCCUGCGGCUUGCUGUGCUGCUGGAAAGCACCUAGAGCUCGCAGAUAAUGCUAGCCUACGUCUCUUACUGUGGUGUCUAGGCAAUGUAGAAUGCUCCCACAUAUUACGACGGGGCAACCCACAGGAGUCCGAAAUUUGAACAUGAUGAUGAGAUAGAUAUCAGAUGGCUGAAACUCAAGAUUCUUGUAGUCUCCGCCUCGGGGUGCAAUCCCUCAACCUUUAAACCAGGCUGGGUGCAGAAGAGGGGACUCGUAAAAUCUUCACAGCUCCCAUACCAAAGCAGUGUUCUGAACAGCUGCUCUUGGUAGACAUGUACUCUAGUAGUAGUCUUGGAUCGCAGACCCUGUUUGGCUCCCUAGCGAUUGGAGAAUGGGUCUGUCUCGUGUGAGUUCCUUGUCAUCUUCCA